UUGAAUCUUGGAUAUUUCGAAAUACGUUCCAUUGGAGAAGAAUAGAGUGCUUUCUAGCCGUUCCGUGAAGACCUGUGUAUCUGCAGAAAAGCUUUCGGGGAAUGAUUUCCUCAUCAGCCGUCGGGAUUUACAUAUAUAGCUAGUCUGAAGAGGUGCGGCUGCUGGAGCUGAAAGGAAUUCAUCGAUAUGGCGAUUUCAGAUUUGUUUCCGACAAAGGCGUCAGCCGUUAUUUUUAUCUCCUACAUGGCACUGUUCAUCAACCAAGGUCUUCUUGUAACAGCGUCAAAGCGUAAGGAUGGCAGUUUUGCUUACAAUGCCACUACAGUUGUCUUGAUGACAGAGGUCGUGAAGUUGGGAAUGGCGAUAUUUUUACAUUUGAGAGAGGCAACCGUCAAAGAGACGAUAUCUACUAUUCGUCAGAAUCUUCAGGUGUUUGCCCUGUACUUUGUACCCGCUGCUCUCUACACCAUCUACAAUAACUUGGUGUUUGUCAAUUUGAAGCACUAUGAUCCCACCACCUACUUCAUACUUCUCCAGCUCAGGGUGGUGGUCACUGGUAUCAUCUUCCAGGUGCUGUUCGGCAAGCAGCUGACUCGCAUCCAGUGGUCAUCACUGGUGCUCCUAAUGAUCGGGUGUGCCGUCAAGAAUGUCCGCUUCUGGUCGCCGGCAGUGGGCCCCACGACGGCUGCACUCAGCAACAACACGAGUGCUUCUCACAAUCCCGUUGUGCCAAGACUAGACUUGCACUUACUCUAUCUUUUGUUUCAGGUGUUUGCAUCCUGCUUUGCUGGCGUAUACAACGAAUACCUGAUCAAAAGCAACGGUAGCAUAUCAGUGCCGCUAAUGCUGCAGAACGUCUUCAUGUACGUCGACUCUAUCGUGGCAAACAUCGUUGCUCUGGCGUUGACACAGUCGCUGGGCGAUGCCGUGUCGUCUCACAACGUUCACGCUUUGCUUGAUUGGAACGUGAUUGCCAUCAUUCUGAACAAUGCGUCAGUUGGCAUUGUCACCAGUCUGUUCUUACGAUCGCUCAAUUCCAUCCUGAAGACGUUUGCCAGUGGCCUGGAGCUGGUGUUCACCGCCAUACUGGCCUGGAUUUUCUUUGGUAUUCGAGUAGGUGUCUCUACGUGGCUGGCUAUAUUCAUAGUGUCCUCUGCAAUAUACCUGUACUCACACAGUCCUGUCAACAAUCCUGCUCCCAAAGAAUCAAACAUUCAGCAUGCUAAGGAUGAGAUAUAAGAUUUGCCACCUCACCAUUACCAUGUCCUUGACAACGAAGAAGACAACAACAACAACAACAACAGCAGCAGCAGCACAGUUGAAUCCUACAUAACAGACACUUGCUUGAGGUACACAAAAGACUUGCUUAAUUAUUUUCACAAACGCCUUUUAUUGUGUGCAUGUACAUAGGUUUAUUGCACGUGGACCUGGAGCUGUGCUCCUGGCACUUUUCACUGCCAUCCAAUGAUCGUAUGCACUCAAACACCCGUUCAUGUCCUGUCAUUUUCGUAUUUCAGCAAGACUGAGUCAUGGAGUCAAGAGUCUUUCCCUGCUGCCUUCCCUCGGCUUUCAUGAAUUUCACAGCUAUUGCUGCCUUUCGGCUCUUUUCCUGUCGAUGGACUCUGUCCAUGGUAUCAUUUUUAAUUUUACAGGCAACUUUAUUGUCAUAUUUACGGUCUGUCACCGUGGACUGAA